AUGGCAUGCGAGAGCUUUUAUGCCAAGAAACUAAAUUUGGGUGGAUGGGGGGGGGGUAAUAAAGUGGAAACUUUCCGAAACAAAAGUCGUUUCUCUCUCCUCCCUCCCGCGCGCGUCUUUGACCAGCGGGGUCGCCGCCUUCGAUCGCCGCCGUCCGGCCAAACUGGGCCGUCGCACCGGUAUCAAAAUGAAGCUCUCCCAUCCUCCUUCUUGUUUGGGCUGGAGAUCGAGUCCAUAACGCUGCCAGGAGAGAGAACCUUCACCAAGAAGCCUCGCCUGCACGUUGAACUUCUUUUGCCGGGAUCUCACUCCUCCGGCCACCAAUCCGAGAACUCUUUACAAGGUUUUGAAGGUCUUCACUUGUGUAUCAAAACCGAUUCGCAUCAGGCAUUAUCAGAUGAGAUCAAUUGUAAUGUUGAUGACAUAGUGAGCAUUGAGUUGAAUAUCUGUGAUACCCAACCGAGCUGCCUUGGAGGUGGGAAUAAUGAGUUUAUCUUUUCAGGAAGACUCGAUAAUCUUGCCUCAAGUUAAUGUGCACUAAGAGCUCUUAUUGAUUCGUGUAAAUCACCUGCGAUUUAGCAAGUGAGCAUGCUAUACGCAUGGUUGCUUUAUUUGACAAUGAAGAGGUAUAUCCAUCUUCUCAGUUUCUCUAAUUGCAUGAAGUUUACUGUA